GAAAACUACACUUGCUUUAGCUUCAAACUUCUUUUUACCUUUCCCGGCGUACGUUUUAAUUGAUUGACGUUUUCUGAAUUUUUCGAUAAAUUUUUAACUCUAUCGAAAAGGCGUCCUUAUAAAAAAUGAACGGUUUAGUGAAAACUGCACAUAGAGUUAUACAAAGUUAUGCGAAAAGUACAUGUUUGACCGGGGCUUUGGCGUCUCGAACUCAAGCUCCCGUGAAGCGUGAUUUCACAAGAGGAAUAUGGCACAUGAGCUGCUCGAAACGUUUAGAUGGGACCCCUGUAGCGUCUACACUUCUCCACAAUCAUUCCAACACAUGCAGUUGUGGCUGCGGUCUGAAAGCACUCCACACAAAAGGUGAAAGAGAACUGGUUGAAUUCCUCACCGAAGAAAUUGUGGCAGAGCGCAAGGCACAGAAAACAAAGACACUUCCCAGUGAGGUGGAUGGAUUUAAAGUUGCAGGAGAUGGUGCUGAGGUGGUACUCAGCAAGCAGCUGAAAGAUGAAGUAGUAAGGAUCACAUUUAACGUGAACCAUACAGUAGAUUCAGAAGAUUUUGGUGAGGGUGAAGUGCAGCCGGAGAAGCAGGAGUUUGCAGAGAUGCGUUCCCGACCACAAUUUGAGGUGGACCUGGUCCGUGGAGACACCACACUUGGCUUCACCUGUUCGUUCCUGCAAGAACCACCGCCCGCCACUGGCGACGAAUUUAAUGAUAUCUUCGGUAUCGACGAGGUGACGAUCUACAAAGGGGAAUGGAAUGAUAAAGUGUAUGCAGUCGCAGGCGACGUGCUCGAUGGGUACUUGUAUGAUCUACUGAUGAACUUGCUUGAAGAGAAAGGCAUCAGCAACGACUUCGUCCAGAAACUGUCAGACUUCAGCACCGCAUAUGAGCACACAGCAUAUAUAAAUCUAUUGGAGUCCAUCUCAAAGUUCACUAUCGGCAAACAGUAACAGCCUUCAGACACCGCGCACAGAUGGCGCUGACCUUCUAAUUAUUUAGUUUAUGACCAAGGAGUUAGGUUGCAAAUGUCACAACUUAUUUGCAUACAGGCUAAAAUAAAAUAGUAAAUUUCAAAUUAUUUUUGCUUUUCUGUUUUUCAAACUUAACAGACAGGACUCCAUACUUUGAUGAUAAAAAAAUUCAUUUGCUGCCAUGAUUUUUGUUUUUACAGACUGAUUAAUUUGAAACUAUGGAAUAAUGAGAAUAACGGCAUUUAUUUUCUGUUGAUCAGCUAAAGAAUGUUAGUUUAGUUAGUUAACGCAGAUGGUGUUAUUUGUUAACAAUUUUAGAAUUAUGUUUAGUUUUAAAAAUGUCUGAAUAAAUGUUAGAAACAAGUCC